UUUUGUUCGAGAUGGUGACGAUUAAAUUCCUCGCUGCCAAAUUACUUCUGUCAAUUCUGGUAACGUCAGCGGUAGAACCUGCGUCCAUAUCUGACUUUUGGAAGUUAAUGGACACUGGAUAUGACACUUCCUACCUUGAGCCGGUGGAGGAACUGUUCCCUGAUAGUGCACUAGCAUGUGCGUCUGAAAGCCUGUUAAGAAAUGUCACCGCCUUCGGCUACCACGGAGAUGAAGAUUUGUGCAUCCUCCUGAACGUCGACUACUACGUUGAACAUGAUUGGACGCCUCUGCCGGACAUGGAUGUUUUUUUAAGAAAUGAAGAUAUCCACCCUGGUCCCUGCUUAGAGAGCUCCUGUGGGUUCUGCAUGCCGGUUCUGGAAAAUCCGAUGACCUGGGCCGAUGCUGGGGCGGCAUGUGGUGACAUCUCAAGUUACCUGCUGGAGAUCUGGUCUGAUUGGGAGCACAGAUGUAUCGUGAUGCAGCUGCAGUACCUCAGGAAACCAACAACCAACGUGUACUGGCUGGGUGGACCCGGUAUCUCCGAAUGGGUCACCGAGAGCGGUGCAGGCCAAAUACCCGAGGCUGGUGUCCUGUUGGGACCAGGGCAGCCCAACAACUCCGAGCAAUGCGUGCUGCUGGACGCUGGCGACCAUUACAGACUGUUCACUGCCGACUGCUCAGAACAGCACUACGCUCUGUGUUACUACGAUGUGGGGGGCUUUGUCUGAACACCCAUGGUUCCUCUCGGAGAAAAGUUUAACACCGCACUCAGCAAUAAUAAUUCCUAUUAUUCCAGGCCGAGGUGAACGAGAUAUCAUGUUGACAACAAAGCACAUUGACAUAAAU